CACUGCUGCCUUCAAGUCUGCCCUGCAGACGAUCUGACUUCAGCAUGCGCAAUCAUCCCGUCGACGCUGCUUGAUGACUUAACUCCGAGCUCGGACGAGCUCAUUUCGGAGAAGAACAGACCAGACUCCACGGCGCAUCUCGAAACUGAGGUUGAGCUUCGCCGACACCUAACGCGUCGACAAUCGCUGACGUAUCUUCUGUGUACCGUUGGCCGUUCUCUAUAAUCUGAUCCGACACUCUGUAGGCCUUUCAAUCUCGCGCGCAGUAAGAAGGUUUGGCUCACCAAGUACCGUUAAGCUAUCGUCAGAAGCAGCCACCAGACGGCUUACGGAGCAGGGGGUGAAAUCAUGCCUACGGAUCCACUUCUACCGGAAGGGCGACAGUUCCCUCGUGCACGCUCGCCCGAUGGGCUCGGAGGUAAUGAGAGGAAGCGCAGACGAAAGGUUCUGUCCUGUUACGAUUGUCGGAGGCGCAAAUUGCAAUGCGAUCGAGCAAUGCCUGCCUGCGGGCGUUGCACGAAGGCUGGCCAAGCUUCUAAUUGUCUAUACCUGGAGGAUUCUGCCGAAGUGCCAAUACGCGAAGAGCCAUCAAUACCUACAGCGUCGCACAAACUGCCGCCGUUGUAUGGCCAUUCUACGCGACCCAUUGCGGCCAAUGCUCCUUCUGGUGAUCUUCUAUCUCGACUUGAGUAUCAGGAUGGACGAAUCAAACAGCUCGAGGCUGCACUUGCCAAGGCAGGUGGCGCACCCGUUGGCAAAGCACACAUUCCACUCACCCCGGAGUCGUUAGCGGGAGGUGGCGCUGUCGAUGUAGCGGCGCCUGUACAAGACCGCGAAACAACACUUCUUAGAGGAAGAAGUUUCAAGACUCAGUUUCAUGGCAACACACAUCCAGGAGCCUUGAUUGCUCGGAUACCUGAGCUUCAAGGUUUCACCAGAGAAACGUUUGAGCAAUAUCCAGCCUUGGCCAGAAUCAAGGAGGACAUGUGCACUCUUGAGCGACGAAGGGAGCACUCUGGAUCGACACGCAAUCCGGUGAAUGAUGAAGCACUAAGAGCCAUGCUUCCUACAAAGGCUGAGGCUGAUGUUCUCAUCGAACUGUAUCUUGAAAAUUACGGAAGUCUCUACAACGUCAUUCAUCAGCCAAGCUUUUGGAGUGAAUAUGCGGAGAUGUGGAAUGAGGGGGUUUCCAACGCCAGGCCGUUUUUCGUGGCUCUGCUACUGACCAUGAUGGCCGCCGCGCAGUGUUUGACACCGGACUCACCACAACUCUACAACGGGAACAGCUCAAUGCCACGAGAAAAGGCAAUAAAUUGGGUGCCCUCGGUCGAAGAUUGGUUGGCAGUUCAGAGUCAAAAACAUGUUGCCGCGAUCGACUUUCAGCUUAGAGUUGUGCUUCUCAUCGCUAAAAACGCCGUGGCACGGAAAUACAAGCGAACUUGGACUGACUGCGGGAACGUGCUCCGUUUUUGUAUGGCUGCUGGAUUACAUCGCACGCCGGACCUGAUCAGGAAGCCGACCUCAGUUCUCGACAAGGAGCUGAGGAAGCGAGUAUGGGCAGCGGUAACAGAGUUGGAGCUGCAAGCAGCAUUUGAUCGCGGCAUGGUCUCUACACCCUGGAGUCUCCAGUCCGAUGUACCCGGACCUGUUCACGUUCACGACGAUGACCUUGACCAAGAAACCCAGCAUCUACCCGCACUACGAAAAGUCAACGACUUCACGCCAACAUCAUAUCUCUGUCUAGCCAGCGAAUCUUACCACUUAAGAUCUACGCUCAACACAUACCUGAACAACAUCCGCCAAUCCGUCUCAUUCGACGAAUCCAAACGCUUCACUGACGAGAUCGAAUACCACAUCCAAAACAUUCCCGAAUGGUCCACCGCCCCGACAUCCUCCGUCGUCGCCAAAGCGAUGCUCGAAAUCAAUCUUCGACAAUACAUCCUCGUCCUCCACGACCGCCAAAUCCGCACAGCAGAAACCAAAGCCGAACGCGACUUCAGCCGCAUGAUCCUCGUCGAAACCGCAACCAAAAUGGUUCAAUCUCAUCAAGAUCUCAUAUCAAAGGGCUACUUCGCCCUCGAACUUCUCUGCCACGAUCAACUCCGUGCCGGAAUUUCACUCUGCCAUAUCUCAGCUUCUAAUCCUCGAGCCGAUGACGCUUUGUCCCGCGCGAUUGAUGAGACAGCUUCACGGUUAGUUCCGCUAUGUUGCGAAAUGCUCACAGAUAAAGUUAUUCGGUUUGGGAGAGAGCAACGACAAUUGUGGAUUUUGCUUGUUGCGAAUGCGUAUAUGAAAGCGAAGAAAGAUCCGGAGAGGAAAGCGGUGUGGAUGCAGGAGGCUGUGGAUCGGAUUACGAGGCCUUUUUACAAAAUCAUGGCGUGUCAGGCUGAGGGGCCAGUGGAGAGUUCUGCUGCGGCGAGAGUGGAGGACAGACAGCAGUCUGUUCAAGCAUCGCAGCAUCAGCAGCAAAGACGAUCAGAGGUUGAGCAGAAGCAUGUGGACGAUUCGAUGGAGUAUUAUCCUAGUGGUGGGAACGAGGGAGCUGAGGCGUCGAUUACUGGUGAUGUGAACCCGACACCGAAUUUUGGGGAUUUGGAUGAUUUUGCUGCUUGGACUUUUGAGGACUGGGCUUUUGACCCGGCGGAUUUGGCGGCGAUGAAUGUGGCGGGGCAGUUUGGAGCAAAUGGUAAUGUGGUCGGCUGGUGA